AUGUACCCCAACCCUCUGGUCUACUGCACCUGUUGGGACCCUUGGAACUUGGGACCACGGAAGCUAAUCAAGACCCCUCAUCCACCAAGCAAGAUCUCCCCCUCCACAGGAAGACAAGCAGAGAGCAAUGAAUUACCUUAUCUCUCCAAUGAAAUGAAUCUCCGCUGUGCUGAGAUGAAGCAGAACUUCGAAAAAAUGAACAGGAAGCUCAAAGAGGCACAUGCAGCAGAGAUCAGUGAGUUGGAGAAAAACUACAAAGCAGCCUUGAAGACAGAAAUGUUGGCUGCCCAAGAGAAGCUAGAGGAGAUGGGAAAGGAGUAUAAGUAUUUGAAGAAUAUGUUUCAUAUGUAUCAGGACAGCAUUUAUGAUGAAAUGGAAGACAAGUGGUCAAGGCGGAAGGCAGAAUGGGAGAAGGAUGAGAAAUUGGAGCGGGAAAAGAUCCUGUUACAGCAAAAAAACAGGAUGACAAAAAAGUAUGAGUUAGAGUCAGAAGAAGAAAAGAAGAAAUUAAAUGAAUCCUACGGUGCUGUCUUUGAGAACUUCAAUCGAGAAAAGGAGGAGCUCAUGAAACAACAUGAAAGUGACACCUUGAAAUUAGAGGAGCUGAGCAAGACCAAAGAGAUCAUAGAGGAAGAGUUGCAUGCACAAGCUCUUAUCCUAGAAUCACUUAACACGACGCUCUAUCAAACUCAGAUGGAACUCCAGAGAGAGAAAGCUACAGUGGGAAAUCUGGAGAAAAUGCUCCAGACCAAGCUUACUGAGGCAGAAGAACAGUAUAAAUACACCACACAAAUCCUGACAGAAGAAAACAUGUAUCUAAGGCAAAAGAUAAUUGCCAAGAAUGAAGAAAUUUUUGAAGGGCAAUCUGCAAGAUUGACCUCCUUAACUAUUUAUGAGGAUAAUUCUGACGUUUUAGAAGAUGGUUUCUCUGGCAACAAAAGACAAGAAUCAUGAAUAAAAAGUUUUUCUCCAUAACUGAAGAUAGGACCACAAUCUCUGCAGGCCUAGAGAGCUCCUGUGAGGU